AUGCCUAUCUUAAGCCUACCCAAUGAACUCAUCCACCUUCUACUUAUCAAUUGCAUCCUUGUCCGCGGCGUGGUACGCGGUCUCAGACUGAGGCUGGUGUGUAAGCGAUUUAACGAGUGCUUUAUCCCGGCUCUCUACGACUCACGUAUCCUCGAUGACAUUUCUGCCCCUCACAUAGGUCGCCACUGGUGGAUGCGUAAUGAUCGGUAUGGAUCUAGCAGGCUCUGGCAGCAGUAUCUUGUCGCCCGCGUCCUUCGCGAAACAGAUCCAGAUGUGGGACGCUUUGUCGAAAUCCGCAAAGCUGCCGAGGCUUUAUGUGAUCGCAUUAACAGCCGAAUUCCAUUUGAGGAGUUUGUCAAUGGUCUAUGCUGGUUAGGCCUGGAGCGAGGUACAAACCGUCCUGGUGAAAAACGGCUAUGGAUAAAGCCAAACACUGAUCUCUGGCACAUUCACCCCUCCACCGUGGACGACGUACCUGAGCCGCCUCCUAUUUCCAAGCCCAUCAUCUCUGGGGUUAUGUUCUCCAACCAAUACUUCUCCCGCACACCAGCCAUAUACGAUUUUAUUACCGAUAAUUUCUCCUUUUCUACCGACACAGAGACUGAUAGGCAGAAGAGGCAACGCAACCAGAUCGCACAAUACGCUCGAUACGGCAAUCUGGCCAUGGUACGCCACGUUUCCGGCUCCAGUUCAAAGAUCAGAGCUGGUACUCAUGGCAGAUUUGGGAAUCCUCUCUAUCGAGCCUGUCGCGGAUGCUUUGAAGAUAUCGUCGAUUUUCUACUCGAUCGGGACGUGGAUCACCACGACGAGGUGCUUACCGCGGUCACCCGGGCUGGAUGUGGAGGGAUAUUAAGGAAGGUUCUUAAGCGUAAAAUAACAUUUGAAACAGACUUCGGCCCUCGUGAGCUUCUGGCGGAAAUUAUCAAGAGAGAGGAUGUACCUAUGCUCCAGUUGAUUUUGGAACACGGGUAUAUGGUUACCUUGGGACGAUAUGAGGAAGCAAUGGAAAUGGCAGUGGCUCAUGGGCUUGAGUCAAUGAUAGAUUGUCUAAAUGAACUUGAAAUAGUGGAAGACCCUCCCUAUUUCUCAGAACGGUACAACCGCUGA